GUUUCUUGCAUACUCUAUUUUGGAAUGAAUUUCACCGUCCUCUAAUGAAUGGUUCAAUUAAAAUCUUUUACAAACAGAUCCAUCACGUAAAUUGUUAAACACUCUUCUAAAUCUCAAAUUUUACACCAACCCUAAGUUUUGAUGUGUAAAAAUAUUCUUAAAUGAAUUUUUUGAACCAUGCAACGCGGAAACCUUUGAGUUGAAAUUUAAUUUGAACCAAAAGCAACCAAUAACAAAACAUUAUGCCAUUUAAGAAUGUAGAAGUAGAACACACACAUCCUUCAUAUGAACUAUAUAUACGUUCCUUAAUUAUAGCCAGAAGAACUCACCCCUCAAGCAAAAACAACAAAAUCUAACAAAAACAUUAUUUAGAUUUUGUCAUGGCUAACAUCCUCAACCUGAAACAUUUACUCACUUUAGCAUUAAUUCUCUUAGCCCUAGCCACCAAAAGUUCCACAUCAUCAUCAUCAUCAAUCACACGUGUGAAAGGUAUUUACUGGUUAGAAAAUCCAUUUUUCCCUCCAACUACAGUAGACACAUCACUCUUUACUCACAUCUUCUACUCAUUCCUCACACCCAACAACAUCACCUACAAACUUGAAAUUUCAUCUUCUCAAAUCUUAUCCCUCAACACUUUCACCAAAACCUUCAAAACAAAAUCCCCUCCUGCAGCUACUCUCUUUUCCAUUGGAGGUGCAGGUAGCAAUUCAUCCUUGUUGGCCUUCAUCGCCUCCGAUCCACCCGCAUGUGCCGCCUUCAUUAACUCUACAAUCGACGUUGCUCGUACAUUUGGAUUCGAUGGAAUUGACUUGGAUUGGGAGUUUCCUAAAAACACUAAAGAAAUGAACGACCUCGGAGAAAUGCUCUUCCAAUGGCGAAAAGCUAUCUCCGAUGAAGGCGCCACCACCGGCCGGCCACCGUUGCUUCUCACAGCCGCUGUUUACUUCGCUGUGAAUUUUUCCAUCUACGGUGAACCACGGAUGUAUCCGGUUAAUUCCAUUAACGAGAAUUUGGAUUGGGUAAACGUUAUGAGUUAUGAACUUCGUGGGCCACGGAGUAAUAAAACCGGGGCUCCAUCUGGAACAUUUGACCCGAAAAGUAAUGUUAGUGUGGUGAGUGGGUUGCUUUCAUGGAUCCAUAGUGGGGUUGUGCCGGAAAAGUUAGUAAUGGGUAUGCCACUUUAUGGGAAGUCGUGGAAACUCCGAGAUCCGAAUGUGCAUGGAAUUGGGGCACCGAGUGUUGGGUCGGGUCCUGGGGUUAAUGGUUUAAUGGCGUAUUUCCAAGUGUUGGAUUUUAAUAGACAAAAAAGUGCUAAAGUGGAGUAUGACGUGGAUACUGCCUCCGUUUAUUCGUAUAGUGGAAGUACGUGGAUCGGAUACGAUAAUCCAUUUACGGUAUCUAUUAAGGUUGGGUUUGCUCAAGCUCUUAAACUUCGUGGCUAUUUCUUUUGGGUUGCAGGUUUGGAUACUCUUGAUUGGAAAAUCGCAACUCAAGCUUCGAAAGCCUGGAAGCUUGUGUGAAGAAGAGUAAAGAAGUGAACUCAGACCCUGAUGACUUGCAUGGUUCCGUUCUCAAUUUUUUCAUCAUGUAUGUAGUGGAAGUUUGAACUAUAUAUUCAACGUUAAUGGUUAAAUAACUAAGUAGACAAUGCACAAGUAGAUGUAUUGAAGAAAGCAUGAAGGGGGAAUGUUCUGCAUUUCUGUGGAUUUUUUUCUCCCCCGUUUCACUCAAUUUUAAGUUAUGAUGAUUGUAAUUUAUGAUUCUUUUCUUUAUAAAAUAUUAUAUUCUUGUGUAA